AUGGGGGCGCGGCUGGGCCGGCGGAGCGGAGCCGAGGCGGGCUCGGAAGCCGGGGCGGCGGCGGGGUGCGGGCCCGCGCCCUAUGAGCGCCGGGUGCGCUGGCUCCGCGAGAUCCAGGCGACGCUCCGCGAGCGGCGGCCCGAGCGCGCCCGGCAGCUGCUGCGCCUCCUGCGCCAGGACCUGGGCCUCGAGGGGACCCUCCUCACUGACAUCCUCUACAGGAAUGUGGCCUUCCUCAAUCUGGUGGACCCCAUCUCCCAUGACCUGCUGGUGAACCUGGCCCGGGACCUGCAGUGCCCCAAGACGGACUAUGAGCUCUGGAAGUCCUCGGAUAAGAUCUGCCGGCAGCUCAUCUACCAUCUCACCCCUCACUCCAAGCGGCAGCGAGGAUCCAGCCUGCCCCAGAGGAAGACCCCGAGCUGCCUCAAGAGCAGCCUCCAGAUGACAGAGCUGACCGGGGAGACCGUGAACCUCUCAGGGAUUCGGCUGUCGGCGCGUGAUGUGCAGCAUAUCAUGCGCUACCUGGGAAGCCAGGGAGCUGGGCUCACGGUGCUGGACCUGAGCUUCACAGGGCUGAGUGACGAGCUGUUGCGCCUGCUGCUGCCCAGCCUCUGGACACUGCCCCGCCUCACCCAACUCCUGCUCAACGGCAAUAGGCUGACGAGGGCCACUGCCCGUGAGUUCACCGAGGCUGUCAAGGACCCCACCAAGUUUCCUGCGCUGGCCUGGGUGGACCUGGGCAACAAUGUGGACGUAGCCUCCUUGCCCCAACCCCUGCUGGUUGGCUUGCGCCGGCGGCUGAGCCAACACACUUCACUCCCCACCAUCUAUGAGGGCCUGGACCUUGAGUCUGAGGGUGGCACGGCCUCCACCUGGGGCUCGGCGGCUGCUGGGCCAGGGUCUGAGUCCCAGGCCUGCUGCACGAGGUGACCUGCCACCCACCCUGACUCCUACCUGAGUGCCAACACUCUUAGGCACGUGGGAUGGAGGAUGACGGAGGCCUUCCAGGACCCCGGAGAUCCGGUGUAAAUGCUCAGCCUGGAAUGAAGGGGAUGGAAGGAGACUGGCUUCAUCAAAGGCCAGCCAGUCAGCCCAGGAUCAAGUGUGAGGCUUCUCCCAGCAGGGAGGGAGGGCCCAGCACCUGCAGUAAACGGUGAUGCCCCCUCUG